UUAAGAAGAGGAACUAGAGAAGAAGAAGAAGAAGAAGAAGAAGAAGAAGAAGAAGAAGAAGAAGAAGAAGAAGAAGAAGAAGCAACAGAUUUUUGGAUAACUGUGUUUAGUUAGAAAAAGAUUUUCUUCGUUAGGGCAAAAUGUCGUAUUUUCUAACUCAAUGUAAUUUACGUAAUAUAAAGGGCAUGCCUACUCGUGUAUCGGAGGCGCUGCAUGAUACAUUUUAAUCUAAAGAAAACUUUCCCCUGGUUCCAGCUCUAAGACGCUCAUGAUGCAUCUUUGACUCACUUCUCUAUUCUCUGAAGUACAAAUUCCGUCCCGUCCAUAAAUAAGCCCUCCCCCCUCUCCCUCCCGAAUAAAAGAGCACCUCCGAAUACUAGCCACGGGGUUUCUCUCAGAAAUUUACGGUGUGCAACUAAGUUAUUCGUCUUCGCCGGUUGACGAGGUCUGAUCAUAAUGAAUCACUGGCGAUUUUUAUUUGACAUACAGUUGUAAAACGUGCUGGCAGAGUGAGGCCAGGUACAACUGUAAAAUGUUAUAGGUGCCAUUCUGACCAAAAGCUAACCGCUCAGUUUAUUGGUUUUUGUGGAUGUUAUUUGUGAGACCAAUUAACGGAGAAAAGGGAAAAAACGCAAAGCCGAAAAAAUGUACAGCAUUUGAAGGGAAAUUAAGAUCAAUAAAACGGCACGCAAAUAUAAUUUGAGAAUUGAAUCUUCAAAAUAUUUUGGUAGGGCUAAGUAAACAUUUUGACAGAUCAUCGACACUUUGGAUCAAUGACAAAGGUAAGGUACGAAAUAAGACACAGAGAUAGCUGAAGAAGACGAAGAAGAGGAAGAAGUUUAAUAACUACAAUUUCGUUUAGUAACUGUAGCUCAUAGGUUAUCUCAUUGCCAGUUUUGGUUGGGUAAUCGAUCGGGAGAGAGAACUUUCACCGCUCGUGACUUGUGAACAGUUCAAAUCUACUUAAUCACAUGACACAGAACACAUAAAUGUAUAGUUAAAAACGCGAUUAUAAGUAUUUUCCCGGACAUGCCUCUUUCUUAUAAACCAAUUACCAAAAAGGAAAAGAUUUUUUAUCCCAACUUCAUUUUGAUUUUCUGUAAGUUAUUUCAUUACAUUAAGGGGUACUGGGCCUGACUUUUUCUUAAACGUAAAUCAGAAAAAGUGGAUCGAUUGUAAUUUGUGCAAGAGAAUCCAAAGUUUCUAUGGAUCUACAACAGUAAAGAAAUACAGUGUUGAAGAUAAACACGUGAAAAUGGUUAAAUCUAAACAGGGCUAAAAUGGCAAAAGCAAUAUAUAACAAAAUGCAAUAACCGUACAAAAUAUAAACAAUUCACCAAAAUCAUGUCUAAAAGUGCAAUACCGUCAUAUAGUUCGGUCGUUUUUCAAUUUUUGUUUGCGUGAUUGUUGAAAGCUUCGCUGGUGUUCCAUUGAGAUCACUUCCGUUUCUUUCAAAUGUUUCUUCUUCGCGGCCUUCCGUAAUGCAAUUCCGCUAUUGUGAAAUCUUUGGUGACAUACAGGUAGUCAGAUCCCAUGGUUGACUGGGUUUUUAAGAGGUCCAAAGUAUAUUUCACGCAUUGCAGUGUGACGAUAUUCAAGACAAAAAAAGAUGAUUUAGGUUGGUCCCAACAAUUUUAUUAGUACAAAAGAAAUGAAAUUACGCCUCGGGUUCUGAGAUAAGUACAAUUAGUCAGCCUUUUUAUCCUGACGGUUUGAAAAGACAAAUUGCCUUGACUAAACUAACAGGUUCCACCUCAAUUCACUCAACCUUGUCAAAUGUCACUCGAUUAUAAAAUGCGCAUUUUGUUCCAAUUUUUUCAAUUUUAGUCAAACUGGUGCAUUUUCUAAAAAAUGUUGUCGAUAAGUGUUUCUUAUUUAAACACUGGAAAAGAUACAAGGGCUUUAGUAUGUCCUCUGAUUAUCAAAUAGUUAUUUUUGUUUCUUUUUGUAUUUUUCACACAAGUUAUUGCCUCACAGACAAAUUCUUUUUCAGGCCAGUUUUCUGUAUUUUUACACAUUUGUACGCUCAUUUUAUGCCGUACACUUAAAUGGAAUAUCAUAAGACCAACUGCCCAGUGUUACCGAGUAUACUGGGAGGUCCGAUCUCAUGAAGAAAAUGAUGGAUUGUCUUGGAUUAUAACUAACCUGGUAGGUGUGAUUUUGUAUCAAAAGUUGAAAGAAUUUAUUCCGGAUAAAUAUGCUCUGAAAUUAUCCACAUUCGUUUUUGUAUAAUCUACAGUAGGUGCUGUAAUAACUGUAUAUGGAAAAUAUUAGUAUCGGCAAAUGUUUAUGAAUUUUGCCACUGUUUACAAGAAUUUCUAAUGCCAGUGAACUCUCGUCUGGGUCUCACAAAAUAUGUUUUUUUUUUUAAUAAUUCUGUUCAAAAUCCUUUUCUCAAUCCCAUCUGCAUGCAUUUAUUCAGCCAACAGAGAGAACGUUAACUUCUGCUUUUACUUUUGAAAGCUAUAGUCAUCCCUUCUUAUAAAUUGACAGAACCCAAAGUGCUUCAGUUGAACCAAACGGCUCAGAGAGAAUUCAUCUGAUGUCCUUACACUUUGAUUUAGCCAAUUACACAUCUAGUAGUCGGUACUGUAUGAGGUAAAGAUAAAUUGAUAAUUUGUUCAGAACAUUUUUUGGAUCGUCAAAAGAUUAUCUAACUAAAGUGAUUUUUUAAUUCAUAAAAAUUUAAAGCAACUAAUUCUGUUACUCGAAACUAAGUCCGGGGAAUAUACGUAUAAAAUUUGCAACACUUUUGUUAUCUUACAACUGCUGCUACUGUUUUAACCGAUAUCGACUUCUGUCACUUGUGGAUUCUUCUAAACUUUGUUAUUCUUGUUCGUAGAUUUAAGGUUUGUAUGUAUACUGAUUGUAAAGCUACAGUAGUACUAGGCUAGGCUUUACUGUCAUUAAAGUUAAUAUAUAUUUAUCUGCUGAAUUAUGAGAAAUUUUGCGUUUUUGUUUCUCUAGGAAGCUGUCCCUUGACAGCCUUUCUAAGAUACAAACGCGCUAAUCAACUUGUUUGCAAUUGCGAGAGAACGAUGGAAGGUUUUAUGAGUUAUAUUCAUUUAUCAGUUAAGUUGCCUAGCUUUGCCUCUUGAGCGAGGACUAUAUAUUAUUCAUGAUUAGAUAAUUUUGCUGCCCUCGAUUAAGAUUCCUCAAUCCUACAAAUCAUUCUGCUUCCAGCUACCAAAAGAAUCCAAAAUUAUUAUUUUUAAGUACUGAUAAACAACACUUAAAGGUAAAGAUACCUUUUCAUACAGUUUUCAUCUCAACAGACGCGUUAGCAGUAAAAAUACCAUCUCAUGCCCUUGACUGAACUACUCAGCGAAUACUGAGAAACAGCCAGUUUCUCCAGUGUUUAUCUGUUCUCUUGUGAGUAGUUUUUUAGGAAAUUUUUACUGAAUGAGGCAUAUCCCUUAAAAAUCGGUUGUUCAAAGGAAAUUUGACAAGAAAACUGGAAACUUAUUAGAAUUAUUACCAUUCAAUUAAAUUGUAAAACAAGCAUGCAACAUAAAGUUAUGUAAUUGCCUUUGAAGGGAGUCUAUUGCUUCAAUCUACUUCCAGCAUUUCUGCUUGUCUGUAGACUACUCGUCACUUUUGAUAUGAAAAGCUUGUUACUGAGUUUGUUUGUGAGAAAUUAUUAAAUCAAAAGUUAUGACAGCAAUAAAGUAAGAGUUAAGUUACUCGUUAGAUGAGCUCUUAACAAAGUCUUCGACCGCACUGGUCUUGCGUUCAUGAAACACUUAAGUGAAUGAGGCUGAUCUCGAGUAAAUUUGCGGACGUAUUCCGUAUGCCAUUUCAUGCCUUCGAACUACUUAUGCUCAGCGAGUAAGAAACAACCAAUUUCUCAAGUAUUUAUCUGUUUUCUUGUGCGGAGUUUAUUGUAAAUUUUUACUGAAUGAGGCAGAUCCCUUAAAAAUCGCUUGUUCAAAGGAAAUUUGACAAGAAAACUGGAAUCUUAUUAGAAUUAUUACAAUUCAAUUAAACUGUAAAACAAGCAUGCAACAUAAAUUUAUCAAUGUAAUGGCCUUUGAAGGAAGUCUAUUAUAUUGCUUCAAUCCACUUCCAGCAUUUCUGCUUUUCUGUAGACUACUCGUUACUUUUGAUAUGAAAAGCUUGUCACUGAGUUUAUUUCUGACAAAUUAUUAAAUCAAAAGUGAUGACAGCAGUAAAGUAAAAGUUAAGUUUAUCUCAACUCGUUAGAUGAGCUCUCAACAAAGUCCUCGACCACACUGGUCUUGCGUUCAUGAAACACUUGAAUGAGGCUGGUCUCGAGUAAAUUUGCGGACGUAUUCCGGUAUUAUUUCCUAAAAUCCUGAAAAAAGGAAGUGUCAGUUGUUUAUGUUUCAUCCUUCGCACGAUUGUUUUGUAGCAGACAACAAAAAACUACCGGAUUAUUUUACUGUUGGUAUCAGACAGUGCGUCAUGAUAUCUAUGAAAAUAUCACUUUGUUCUAAUAAUUGGCCCGUAGACAUUUUUCCCAACAAAUUGAUUCCAAUUCAUAACAACCGGCAGGAAGGCUUAUAAAGAUCAGAUCUCCCAAAUCCGACCAACAAACAAACAUAUGUUAUGGGAAAAUGAUCUAUUUUGUUCUUGUUGUGGAUGGUAACCGAGCUGGUCGCCAUUUUGAAAGUUACAAAUUCUUUCCUUCGGUAAUUGUUUUACGCGAGAGAUUUCUUAGUUCGCAACAAACAGUUCUCUUAUUGAUUUUGGAGCUAAUAUUUUUAUUUCUACCGAGAAUAAAAAAAAUUCGUAGAGGGAAAGCUGAUAAGAACAAUCAAGAAACUGAAGACAGUGGUGACUUUGGAGUGAAUGGCCGAACAAAAACUUUGCCAGAGACUCCGCUUUUUUUCAAAAAGUCUUCUUCGUUUUAGUGACCUUUAUUUUAACCUUUCUGUGAUAAUUAAAGUGUAACUUGCACUCAUUUAUAGUCGAAGGUUUGCGGAGUAAUUUGUGGUGUGAUCGCGUGAGAGAUAAGACUGCAUUUAUUAUUGUGUGGCCAUAUCUAAAAAAGAAGUCACCGAAGAAUAUUGCGUGAAAGUUAAACAUUUGUGUCGACGUAGGGUUGGCUGUCUGGUGGUGGGCUGUCUCCGUUUGGGGCUUUCCUUUUAAACGAAGUAAACCUUAAGUACUUAAUGUACUUAAUGUAUCUUUCAGUUUCAUCGCAGAGGAUGGUCAGUUAGUUCGAAGAAUGUUCAUAAACGUAAAGCAAAGUUUAAGCAACAUUUUUUUAGGUAACGUCAUGAAUUUUGUCAGGGGAGAAAAAAAGGACAGGUUUUAUUAAAAAAGCAACAUCGUGAUUUUGGAGGAUAGAAGUAUUGCUUGUCCUUCUUAUUAUAAACUAUGAUUCAUUUACUAAAACAAGAUCUAAUGUGGUCAUCAAUACAACCAGAAAAGCGUAAAAUUAAUUAUAAUUAGAGCUUGCGAAACAAUCCGCCCUCAACGGAAGUAAUUUGCGAAUAUUACAUUGUCACGCGAUCCGAACGUAAUGGGCGUGACGUCAUUAGUGGACUUCGUAACAACUAAUUAAUGUGUUUCGGGUGUCACGGGAUAAGAAUAAUAAUCUUACAUCAAUUCUUAUUGAGUUGAAUUUCUGUAUAUAAAGUCUCUUGAAAUAAAAGCCUGAUUAUUGAAAGCUACUGAUAAGAAAGGCAGUUAUAUUGAAGUCCUUUACUGUUUGAAUGCAUAUGAAGACUGUAAAUUGUGCUUUGAAAUGAGGAUAUCAACUUAACAGGUAAACUUGCAGUUAGACUUGAUGAUUUUUUUUUAACUCUUGUGUUCCAGAUCAAAAACAAUAGAAUAACGUCCAUAAUAAGAACAAUAUAAAUGAUCAUGGAAGACAAAUUAGUACGCUGAGUCAAAACCUGAAAAAAUAAUAUUAUAAGAGUAAACAGAAUGGUACAAAAGCACUGUUCUGACUGUCCCUGCUUUCUUUGACUGAUACGAUUUUCUGGGAACCUCUGUCACAGAAUAAAGCAUUCCUUGCUUUUUUCACCUAAGGAUUUAAUCUAACAUUUUGACCAUGAUUUAGUAUUGAAAAUGACCGUGCCACGCCACGCGGCCUUUUGGCACCCCAAAUUUGUUUAUCAGGAUCAUUUUUCACAGAGUCCACGAACUAGACAUUUAAUUUUUCAUUGCCCAUUAUGUUACUGUGUACUAAUUUUUAAUCGACGCGUGCUGAACUACUAAUAGAACAGUUAACAAACUUAGUGAAGCAGUGCUGUAAGUAAUGACGUCUGAAAUUAUCGUUUUCUUGGUUGACUAUUGUUAUGCAUGCAGUUGUUAAUGUGUAAGACCGUUUUUUAGUAGUUAUCUUAACAAGGAUAUACUAUUACUGACUCAAGUCCACAAAUGGUUACUGACAAUACUGCCGGAGUAAGUGAAUUGAAGUAGUAAGUAUACUGUUAAUUGAAAGUCACUCUAAUUUGGUUUUGAUGCUGCGGUAUUCAUUUUAUAAACUGGAAUUAGUCCCUUGUAAGGAAAAAGAAAGGCUAGUUCUUAAAAGAGCUUCGUCGCUGUCUACAUCGGUUAAAUACUAUUAAAAACGAAAUAUUUCAAGUUUGUCUUCUGCAGUUAAUGUUAACCUGGGUCAUUCUAUUCCAUCAGAAACAUAAACUCGUAUGCCGGUUUCAGCUUCGUCUAGGCACCAGCCGCACACUGAUUUAUAAAUAUAUAUACCUGCAUUCAGCUUUCCACCGUAUCUACAUUGCAUCGCCGGCUAUGUUUAAUACUAUUAUUGUAUCUUUUACUUGAUGUAUCAUGUUAUUUAUCCUGAAUAGUAAGUUCAAUAAAGUUGAGGUUAAAUUUACGUCUUUGUUAUAGUCUGCAUUACACCAAAUUUAUAUCAAAUUUACGUUCAAUGCAAGAAAAUAAUGACUCAAAAUAAUGACUCAAAAUUUCGUCAGAGAGUGUCAUCAAAAAUUGAACGAUACAUUCACACUUUAGAAUUAGUUACAGACUUAAUACUGAGCUUAGAAACCGGUUAAGACUUUUUGCUGAAAAUCAUUGUAUAUAACUCAACAAGCAAAACUGUGAUGUCCUUUCUAGGCUAAAUUCUCCGCUGGUUGAGAGGAAUUUUAAACGAGUCACUUAGAGUGGAUUUCUACUGUCGCGUAAUUUUUACGUGCGUACUCGCGUAAAUGGGAUAGAGGCAAUAAUGUAUGAUAGGUCGCGCGCAAACGUGAAAGUUAAACCUCGCUCAACUUUAACGUUUACGCGCCACACUUCAGUUCAUUACUUCCAUUUUAUUUACGCUCGUGCGCACGUAAAAAAUUACGCGGCAGUGGAAAUUCACCCUUAGACCAGCAGAAAAUUAAAGGGUGAAAAGUAGUUGUUAACUUAACACAUUUCGGAAGGUUUGAUAUGCUUUUUUCCCAUUUUGCGCAAAAUCUACUCUAGGUAUAUAUAUAGGAAUAAAUUAUUUUGUGCUUAAAAAAGGUGACUGGACAAAGCCGUUACUAUAUUCAAACUACUAUUUAAGCUUAGGUUUUAGCCUCCUCAUGACAAAGCUAAUGUCAUUUAAAGUAAAGGUGUUAAAAAAGACUUGAUUUUUUAUUAUUAAUUUUUUCUUUUUGGAUUUUUCAUCCUACCUUAAUAUUUAGAGAAUUCAAAGUAUCAAACUGCAUUGUCACGCAAACAGUAUCACAGACGUCAGAAUUGUGGGUGAGGCCCAUUGACGUCACGGGCUAAUUGUUUACCGGCACUUUCAAAUUCAGCAGGUUGCUAGUUUAAAAUGUGAAUUGUUUCGCUUCAAAUAACCAAGUUUAUGUUUACUUAAAACACCAAUGGUCUGGUAUUUACCAAAGCGCGUCUUUUUGACUGCAUUCGUGCAUUGGGGUAAGCCGCCAUUAGAUGCUAUCCCUGCCAUCUUGAAUACUAUAGACAAGUACUGAACUUUCUGAAGGCUUGUUUCUGUAAAAAAUAAAUAAAUAAAUUUUAUAAGAUUCAUCAAUAUUGUUACUGCAUCUCCCAAGGUAUCAGAUAUUUUAGUCUUGAAUCAGCGCAGGCCACGUGAAAACCCCUUUGUAAGUUAACACAGUCCCUCAACCGGCUUUUAUCGUUUACACUGAGAAAAUCAUAAGAUGAGAUUAUUAUUAUAACGAUCAUCAGAAUAAUUACUAUGAUUUUGAUUAUUCUUACCUCUAUGUACAGCUUGAGGACUAAGUUUCUGGUGACGCUCACGCCUGUACUGUAAUGAUUUCCGAAGACAUCGGCAUACUCGACAAAAGAAGAACUCAGUUUAAAAUUAAAUACUUUGCUGACGUUGACAGGAUAUGAUAACUAAGCAAUGAAGAGCCAAACUUUGCGGUUAACCUCACGUGUCAAACAUCAUUUAGCUUUGGUUGUGGAUGAGUAAGAUCUUACAAAGUUUUGAAAAUAGUAAUUUUGGAGGAUAGGAACAAAAUAUUGCCACCACAGAAAUCGUGUUUUAUGCUAUGAUAAAGUGUCAACUACUUCCCCAUUGGACAGUUUGGAGACAGUUUUGAUUCGCUUUACUGAUCUGCUUUUAGUAAAUUGAAUGACUGGUAUUUUUUUGUCUCUCUUUUAGUGGGAUUGAAUUAUGACUAUUGUAGCUCAAUAACUGAAAUUUCUUUCAUUGCAAGCAGUUUAUGUUAUUAGAGUAUUCCAACUUGGUUUCGAUGUUUUGUUCUUGGUCCAUUUUAUGUCCAUUCACAAUUGAUUUGAGAGCUGCUAAGAGAAGCUGAGGAAGAAACACCUUUUUUUGUAUUCCUUUCCCCUCUUAAUGAUGAGUCUUCGUGAUCUUUUCUGAUAAUCAAGUCACGUUCUGUUUGCAGUUUAAUUUCCGUUAUGAAUCAACCGUUUCCGUAACUUAAAUGAGUUUGAUAAAAACCAGAGGGAAACAAACCACAGUGCAGUGUCCGUUUGCUUGAUAGAGAUCAUUAACUCGGAAGUGACUGUGAACAAUUUCCGUUUAUUUUACUCUUUGCUCGUUAAAGCUUCCGAAGUGUAAUAUACCACUAUUGCGAAAUACUCGUUUUGGGAGUGUCUCUUGUCUUGACAGGAUAAGAAGUGAAAAACUUAAAAGUAGUUACGUUACUAAGUCGAUAAGUGUCUCUUGAGGGAAAUAUCAGGGACCUGGCCAGCAUUUGCCGCAUAUCGCUUCUCGGCUUGAAUUCUUCACAUUCCAAUAAACUAUAUAGCUUCAUAUCUCAUCUUAGCCGUACGCUCUUGUAUGUUCAUUAAUCUUGUCCUUUUUACAAAACUGUUUGGUCAUUUAUUCUUAAACUGACAGGAUACCUUCAGCACAAAUACUUUGGCUCUUCGGAAGACAGAAGGGCCUCUGAUUAGAAAGCGGGAUCACUAGCAAUAUAAACAGAGGUAAUAUGACUUGAUUAGGUGAAUUAAUGCACUUAUUACGAUGAAAGAAGCUGAUAUUCCCUGACAUCAUCAAAUUAAAGCUCUAAACUUUUUUAAAAGUCGAACACCUCCCUCGCUUUUGCAAUGAGCCCUGUACUAUAUUAGUCCCAGCCUUCUUGCCAAGUUGAAGAGAUUUUAGAAGUUUUGGGCUAACGUCAAUUCGUACCACAUGACCAAGGUUUCCCGUUACAUUUACACAUCUACACACCAAUAGCUACAGUUUCAUGUCAGGUCUAUUCAUGAGACUUACUUCGUACAGUUUUGAUCUGUGUGUCUCCUUAUUUGAGAAACUGUCAGCUUUAAAUCUGACGUUUGCAGUUGCUGUAAAGACUCCGUAUCAAAUGCAAUGGCCGGUGGAGAGUGUCUUAGUUUAGUAUAAUAAUAGCCGAACUCGUUUAAGUAAGAAUGAGAUCUAGAGAUUUAUAAUAAAUUAGACAAAACAGGUAAGGUUAAAAGAAGCCUAGACAGAUUUGGUUUAGGUUGAAUAAUUGACUAAAUCUUUUUAUUUUUUUUAUUAUUAUAAUUAUUUUUACUUUAUAAUUUUUUUCACAUCGCUCAUCAUUCGUCCACACUGGGCUGUCUACUUCUGUAUCACUUGACCAUUUUAAAAUCUUCCUGUUAUUAUUGUUUAAUCUGGCUCUUUUUCUAGAAUGGAACAUCAUGAUCUCUGGUGUCGGUAGCCUGUAAAGUAACAGAUCAAAUGACACACAAAAGUGACUCAUAACCCUAAGCCUGAGGUACUGAAGCUUAACUUUAAUUAGUCAGUAAGCUAGUGAGCAUGGGUUUUCUAAGAGAAAUAUAUUGCUUAAAGGCCUCACAAAAAAAUCAGGUAUCUAAGCUACUACAAACAGUACCACGACGUAUUUACUCAUUUUAUUUCAACGAAACAUAACUUUGAUCAUUAUUCACCAGCUCCAUCCAUUGCAGUUCAUUCAACACUUACCAGGCUAGGUGCCUCUGCUCCAUAUUUCUUAUAGUCUGAGGAGCAGUGCAGCUAACUACCAUGAUUUUUGGCCGAUCUAAGCUUAAAAAAUCUUUCCUGAUGUUGUUUUAGACAUGAAGAAAGUGAAAUUAAUUACUGGCAUAGAAUAAAUCAUCUCAUGAGAGUUUUUUCUAAACAAAAAGCUUCAACUCUACGGUUUAAGCAUGUUGUUUAAUGAUAGGACCAGUUUGUGGGAAAAUAUUUUCUACCAAAAAAAAAUUGUUAUAGCAACAUGUUUUUAAUUAUUAUUUAAAAAAGACAUAGUCAAAUUCAACACAUACUUUUGAGUGAUUAAACUGGAAAAUAGCCUCAGUAAAUUCGUUCUUGAGUACGUGGUAUGCUAAAAAUAAAAGCUUCCGUCUGUAUUUUUAUUGGUUUGCGGGAGAUAGCCAUGUUAAUAGACACGAAUAGAUUUGUGACGCGGAGAGAACAACCUAGCACUGGAUUAAACUAUGUUUAAAAUUUGGUAGGAGGAUGACGUUUGGUGGUUCGUUGUCAACAAAAAUAUUUCCGUCAAAGUCUGUUGAUAAGCUAUCAUGUUUUCUUUUGGUCUGUGUAACUGCCGGUUAGCCUAUACUAGACCGUGGAGCAAUAAUCAGCAAAAAUGAUGAAGCUAUUUAAUAGUGAAACUUCAGCAAAAGCAAGGACGUUCAGAGAGAAUUUUUUAUUGUGUGCAGUGAUCCAGGCAUGGUAUCGAUUGAUAUCGGAAAUCGAAGUCCCGGUAAAACUAAUUUUUCGAUUUUUAUCGAUUAAAAAUCGAUAAAAAUCGAUAGUAAUCGAUAGUAUUCGAUAACAAGCAACAACAUGACGAUGAUUCUGUUUACUUAACCAUUCAUUCUUACGAUUCUUUUUUAAUGCGAGUCAUUGAAAUUACAAGAACACUGAUUUUGUUGUUUAUCAUGCUCCAUCAGUUGUGGACUUGCUACAGCUAGGAUACUGAGGGUUGCCCCGGCUCGACCACUAUCGCAGCAAUUUUUGAAUUCCUUCCUUAUUAUGAACUGCGCUUAACCUUAAAAUCAAAGUAAAGAGCAACUUGUUUCUGUUAGUGUUCUGUUCUCUAAGUAUUUUAUCCAUUAAAAGAAGUGCACAAGAAAUAUCACGACUGAAUAACUCAAUGAUACGUAUACCGUAAAGACAGCAUCUUGUUAAUGUUGAACUUCUACUGAAUGACUUAAGCCUUUUCCAAUAAUAAUCGAUAGUAAUCCAAAGCAAUCGAUAAAUCAAUCAUUAUCGAUUUUCUAUCGAAAAUCGUUAUCAAUCGAAGUCAAAACUUUUUUUAAAAUCGAUUUUUAACAGAAAAAGAAGGAGUACAGUUAGUUCCUUAGUAAGUAUGGCUCCAUUACCAGCCAAUGUUCAGAAACUUUCCGCGCUCUCCUUGCCAGAACUCGGAAGGAUCGAAACGUAUGUACAAGAGGAAAUGGUGUUUAGUCUGUAACGGUGUGAGUGUGUUAAUAAACACCUUUUCCCCCAACCAAUGGCGUAUUGUUAUGAUUUUUUCUUAAUUUUCCAAUCAUCAUAUGAACUGUGAUGUUUAUAGCUAGCACUUUGGAGAUAUCAAGGAGAUCAUUGCUUAACUUAAACUUAAGUCGAUAAAUGGUGAAAGGAAGUCUCGACCGUGUUAUUCGUGGCAAGUUAUUCUAAGAGGCUACCGUUGAUCGUACUCUAGGAUAGGAAUUAACAUUGUACCAAAUCUGAAUUGAAUCUGAAACAACCAGAUGGAUAUUAAAGAUUUUAUGACAGAGGAAGGUUGGGAAGAGUAGAAAUAGUAAACCAGCCUUGGGGUAAGAGCGGCCCCAUUUCCUCCUCUCUGCGGAAGUUUUAAUGUGGCGCUUUUCCCAGCAAAAACAUUCCCGCGCCCAGAGAAGACACCUGCACUGCAGGCUAAUAACAACCAGAUUUCUUUAUAGGAAACUUACCCAAUAAGAGCCAAGUAGACAAGAAAUUCCUACUGGUAAUUCCAUAAUUUACUCUUAUCCCGGAAUAGCGAUAAGGCGGACGCGCCCUUAAUGCAUAGUUCCUCAGAUAUAAAACUAUUUACUUGUGUUUUCCCAAAAGUCUCGACCGGCAGUCAGUUUCUUAAGGGAAGUUCGACAAAACAAGGAGACCGAAAGGAAAACAAAACUGUUUGCCGAAAAACUAGACAUAAUUAAAAGUGAUUUGUUACCAACAUCCACAGGAAGAGCAAAGAACCGUUUAACAUCAAAUGAGUAAAGGGAUUCAGUUGAGGAGCUUCAAUGUGGUUGCCAUAAAAAUUCAAAUUUAUCGUUUGGGUUGUUCAAAAUAGGGUUACCGUCGUUGAGUUGAGCAGUUGAGUUUUAGUGCGAAAUAUGAAUUUAGAAAUGAAAGCUUAAAAAGCAAAUUCAGUUUAAUUUAUUAUGUCUACAGUAAUUUGCUGAUUAGAUGCCCUAAAAAGGACAGAGAAAAUAAUCCGAGAAAAUGCUUUUGAACCAAAGAAAAAAAACCCUGGAUUAGAAUUUAAUCUCGGGUUAGCGCUAAUCGGCCUUUGAACAAGAUGCAGGGCCAUGAACAUAUGAGUGAGUUGAUUAAUCUCGAGUGGUAGCCCUUCGUCAACGCGACACACUAUUCAACGCUAUAACGAAGCCAUCCUUGAGUGAAAAUAUCGAUUACAAAGCUGAAAUGAAACGAAAAGUGAACAUCCAUUCUGUUUACUAUCUAUUUUGUUUUCGGAAUUCCACCAGGGAAACGCUGAAAUUCUGCCUCGGGGCUGAAAGGCAUUUCGAGAAUGAGUGCUUUCUUUCGAUCAAGAGCCACGAAUGCGGACAAGUUAAGGAACAAGCCCCUUGAAAUUCCUGGCUUUAAAAAAUGGCUUGAAUAUAAGGGAACUGAACAAUGUUUUUGAAGUAUAAACAGGAGAUUGCAUAAUCUGCACACUUAAGUGACGUCAGCAAAAAGGGUGUGGUCCGUGACGAUGCAAUCAUGACAAGCGUAUCAUUUUAACCUUUUAUCAUUCUAACAUCAGCGUGUAUAUUGUAUUGUCUGCUGAUCCACUAAUUAUUCUAUUUCUGUCAGAGACGUCGUGUUAAUAAUUGCUUAUUCCGCCCAAACGAUCCACGUGUCUCUUAGAAAGGAUAGCUGCUAUCUGGCGAUACGAGCGCACUUAGUGGAGCUUGCCAACUAAGUAUCUAUUUUUCGCUUUGAUUUCUGCAUGAAAUAUUUCUACUCUAGGCUUCAAAAUUACGUAAAAUACCAUGUGAAAAGUAUUGAUCAGGUGUCACCACAUUGUCAUUCAGUACCGGUCCACCACGCUAGUGGUCAGUCAAUCGCCCGAAGGCCAAUGUAUCAGUGUGAAAAGAAAUAUCGAGUAUUGUUAUAUUCCUAGACCUUAUCUUAACUAAACAGGGACUGCCAUUGGUUGAUUCUUGGUCACGUGGCCUGGACUAAAAUCAAAUCUAUCCCAAUAGUGAUACAUCAAGCAAUAUACCCUGCUCGGGCUUCAUUACAGCACGUGAUCAAAGCAUGGUGGAAAGUGAUGUGACAGAAGGCGGGAAAAACACCGCCAGUUUUCUUUUUCGUGAAUGAACACAACAAUACAAACACGAAGUCUCAAGCGAAAAGCAACGAUUUUUAAAGUUAUCCCACUAGAGAAACAGCAGCUAGUGGAGGAAAAAGAUGCAGAUAAUAUAAAGAAAGUCUGGAAAGUACUUUGUAAAUCAUUCAUUCAGUGGUUUAAGAAUUAAAGUUGUGUUGACUGUUUUGGUUCUCUCCGGUUAUUCUUUUGUUGCGGCCGAACCCUCGGGAUCUGACAUUAAGUGCAUGUAUAUUGUAAGAUCUUGGUAUAAUAAAAAAAAAUUUCUAAACCUACCAGGAAAACUAAGCCACUAAAGAAAAGGUUCUGUCCAUAGAUUAUAGGUUUAAUUUAUAAAGAGCUUAAAUUCGUAGAAGUUUUCAAAGAAAGGAAGGCUUAAAAAUCUCAAUGCAAUUGAACACUCACAGAAAAAUGUUGAUCAUAUAUUCAUAGGUCCUCAAAUAACGAUUUUACAUGGCGUAACUAUAUAAUAGUAAUUACAACGCACUACAUUUCUUUUCUCCUGUUUAUUAUGCUGAACAAGGUAAUUCUGACUUUUAAUCUAAGUCUGUUGAUGAAAUUCUGAAUUCUAAUGACAUAUGGUGUAAUACUUUGUCCGAACUUUGAGGGGUACUAUACCGUAUGAUGUCUUUAACACGAGGCGCCGCCGGACGUACAAACAUUUAAAGCGAAAGUAGGGGAUACUUUUCUCACGAGAUCCUUACACUUAUUUUAACCUUUCCAGUCAGUACCCAAACGUUUGACACUUAGAAAUUAUUUACUGAAAAAACAACAUAGACUGCAUAAAGCAAAUACAGGAUUCAUUUAGCACUUCCUGCUUCCAUGUCACGUUCGGGACUUGUUUUUAAAACUUUUUGUACGAGGCUCAGUGACGGUUCAAUGCGUUAGAAAACCGUAUUAGUAAUCUUAACCAGCAUAAUACCGCAGCCAGCGGCAAAAUGACACAAGCAGCUUGGUUAAUCAGUUUCCGAGUUAAUGCCACAUCCUGCAAUUUCCGUAAUGCGUUUCCGUUGCUAGAAGCAUGAAUUAAAUUAAUUGAGCUUUUAAACAUUUAUGAAACCACUGUAAAUCCUUGAAUUUAAAGUGCUGGGUUAGGUUAUUUCAAAUUUUUAAUUAUAACCUUUGGCGUACUUUAAAACAACUCCGCCUUGAAUAAAAGCUAAUAAACAGUCCAUUGAACCAAUUCUUAGAUCAUAUUGUCGGUCAGGGCUCAGAGCACAGUUCCUCCAAUUUCAGCGUGCUAAACUAGGGGGCUAAGAUUUUAGCCUUCCAUUGCAUUUAGUUUCUCAUACAUUGUCUUGUUUUGGGUUUUGAAUGACAUGGAAAUGUCUCUCAGUACAAGCUAGACAAGAUUUUAUGUUCUCCGUUGUUAAAUGGCUUGAAGUUUACUUGGAACUUAAUCGCAGUUUUGCAUCUUUUGACAAACUGGGCUCAGGAGCCUGUUUCUCGGAUGUUCCCAUUAUUACCGGACCCAGAACUCUUUUUUUUGGUUUGCACUCAAGACUGAGCUUUCAAUGGUUUUGGAAGUUAUCCAAUAGUACCAUCAGUUUGCAAAACUGGACUGAGUAGGGAUUAGAAACGGGGCUACCAUUCUUUAGAUUUUGAUUUUCAAACAUGGCUUCCGGACCGUAAAGUCGACCGGAUUUUCGAGAAACGGGCCCCAGCGGAACAUUUGAACAUUAAUGAAUCCCUAACCCAGUAUCGCGGUGAAGUCUUUGGAAGGGUAAACAAAUUCAAGAAGGAAAACAAGUACAAAUUCCUAUGGACGAAUAAUGGUAAGAUCUAUCUACGUAAACAUGAAACCUCACAGACACUUACAUUUACAACAUUUCAAGAAUUCGAAGACUUCAUUGCUCCAUCACAAUGAAACUUUCACAUCUGGUUAGUCCUCCUUGUAAACGACUUAGUAGUUUUUAAAUAAUGGCUUCUUCAAAUGUUUGGAUACCCUAUUUAAUGUUUUAGAAGAAAGAGAAUUUAGAUUUGUACUCGGUUCUGGUAAUGUCAAUGACUACAUCAACUCUGGUGUUGAUUUGUACAAUAUCCUUCCAAAUCCUGACAAGUUCGAAGAAUCUGGCCCGAUUUAAUGUUGUCAGCUCCUAGCUCUGAGUACUAUUCCAUAACUGAUGCUAAUAACCUUUAAGCUGACAUAGAUAACGAUUCCAUUUUUCUCUUUCAUUGUAAUAUUAGAAGUCUACCAGAAAACAUCGAGCUCUUACACGACCUUUUCUAUUCCUUUGAUAAUAUACCUGAUGUAAUUGCUGUAACUCAAACUAGAAUUAAUUGUAACUCAUCAGCAAACAUAGAUUUUCUUAACAACAAAUUUUACAGAACUGAUUCUAAAACAAUGGCUGGUGGUGUUGGUAUUUACAUCUCAUCCUCCCUAAAUGCAAUUCAUAGGUCAGAUUUAAGCUUUAAUUCUGUUGAGGCGGAAUCCUGCGGAACUGAAAUCUUACAGGAACACAAGCCUAGCAUAAUUGUGGGAUGUACAUACAGGCACCCCUCGUCUAAUCUUGAUAAUUUUAUAUCUCAACUACAAAAUUAAACCUCGUCAGUCCCAUAAACCAAUCCAAGCAUCAAGUCUUUAUCCAAGUCUUUAUCCAAUGACCCAACCGCCAUCCACACUAAAGCCAGCAGCUUUGUCGAAAACCUUAAAGGCAUAGUCAAUAAACAUGCGCCAAUUAAACACAUACCCUGCAGCCGUAUAAAACAAAAGAUUCACAAACCCUGGAUAACAGAUACCUUAUUAAGUUCCAUAAGAAACAAGCAAAAAAUGUAUCGCACGCACUUUCUUUCUAAAGAUCUAGACAAGGUAGCUUACCAUAAAAAAUACUCAAACACUCUGAAUAAGCUGAAAUGGACCUGUAAGUCAUCCUACGAUAAGCAGCAAUUUGAACUAAAAAAUACAUGGAAGUUAAUUGGCACCAUUAUAAACAGGAAACCUAAGGGACACACUGUACCAGCAAAGUUACACUACAAUGGAAAACCCUACACCGACAAACAUGACAUUGUCAAUCAGUUCAAUGAGUACUUUAUAAAUAUUGGUCCAAAUUUGGCAUCUACAAUUCACUCAAGUAUAAAAGCUGAUGCUUUCCUCCCAGCAACUCAUAGCUCUAUUUUUUCUCUUUCCCCGGUGGAUUAAGCGCAAGUUGAGUUAAGUUAGCACUAUCUGGCCUUGUUAGGCACAAAGCCACUAUAGAUAUCCCUAACUAUCUAAUCAAGAUUGCCAGCAAUCUGCUUUCAACUCCCCUCAUAAACUUUUUUAAUGAAUCAAUUGAAUCAUGUAUUGUCCCGGAUAUUUUCAAGAUCUCAAAGGUUACCCCAGUCUUUAAGACUGGUGCAAUGACAGACCCUGGCAAUUACCGUCCCAUUGCUGUCCUCUCUCCGUUUGCUAAAAUCCUUGAAAGACUAGUGUACAAUCAGCUAAGUCAUUUCCUAGAAAAGGAAAACAUUCUUUUUAAACACCAAUUUGGCUUCAGGAAAAAUUAUUCUACUGAGCAAGCAAUUCUUGCCCUCACUGACAAUCUUAAAAUGAAAAUUGACAGCAAUGAAGCUAUAUGCAGUAUCUUUCUUGACCUAUCUAAAGCGUUUGAUACUGUCAACCAUCAGAUCCUACUACAGAAAUUAUACAGAUACGGGAUCCGUGGUGUCCCUCUGCAGUGAUUUAAAAGCUAUCUUGAAAGCAGAACACAGUAUGUUGAAGUUGAAACUCACUUUCUAUCCAAUGUUGUUCUACCCUUGGCCCACUUCUGUUUUUUGAUAUAUAUCAAUGACAUGCCCAAUUGUUUAGAAAAGGCAAAUAUUAGAACAUUUGCUGAUGACACCACUCUCCUCUACUCUUCCAGUUCUCUACAAGACCUUGAAAAAACUAUAAAUGAGGAAUUCAACCAUCUUCUUAGCUACUGCUCAGCUAAUACAUUUUCUGUAAACUUUAAGAAAACCCACUAUAUGACAAUCUCCUGCCCCUAAAAAGCAAAUAAACUUAAGCUUAAUUUACGCAAUAUUGAAGAAAAGAACUACAUCAAAUCUAGGUAUCUACAUUGACAAAAAUCUAAAUUGGGCUCCCCACAUUCAGCACAUAAACAGAAAAAUAUCUAAAACCUUGGGAAUCCUUUUCAGAUUACCCCAUUUCUUAACUUUAAACACCCUCAAACAAAUAUAUUACUCACUUAUCUAUCCCUACCUUCAUUAUGGAAUUAUGAGUUGGGGAAACACAUACCCAAGUAGAUUAACUCAAGUUCAAACAAAACAAAACAAAUGUAUACGCUGCAUAUUUUUUAGCCAUAAUAGAGAAAGUAGUGCACCCUACCUCAAACUUCUAGAUAUACUUAACAUAGAUGAAGCCAAUAUCCCUGAAGUGUUUCAAAACUACCUCUUAAAGGUGUCUGAUAUUCACUCACACAAUACCAGAUAUGCCUCAAAUCUUAACUUUCAUGUACCACGUGUAAGGUCAAACAUACAUUUAAGUUUGCCAUAACCAAAACUUGGGAUUCCUACUCAGAUAAAAACACUUAGCUAUCAUAAGUUCAAAAAAGAAUAUAAGCGAAUUCUAGGUAACUCCCAAAGGUAACAAUUGUAAUAUGACUGUCUCACAUAACCUGACUGCUAGCAUAAUCGUCCAUAGUUGCCAUGGCAGCAAGCGCACAUUUAUUAUGUAUUUCCAAUCAUCAUAUAGCGGUGGUUAGCUCGAAGGCUAAGCUCCUCUGACCCCCGUACACUUCUACCUAAGCCAUUAAUUUUCCUUUUUUUUCCUUCUUCUUCUCCUUUAUUAGUGUAUUCCUACCUUACUAUAUAUAUAAUGUAAAUAUCCUAUAAAGUGUGAAUAAUAAAAUAGAAUUAAAUUGAAAAGCAUAUAGAGACCAUGAGCGUUAUUGCGUAUGAUCGAUAAAACGUUGAAGUUACAAUGAUGUAGAUAAGUCAUUUCUCCCAGUUGCGACAAAGCUCCUUUUUGUUUUCCAACUUCCAUCUCACUUUUAGCAAUCCAGCCAUGCCAGAAAUAUAUCCCAGUUCCUCUCAGUCUCCUGCGCAGAGGCCUCUUUGUGUUGUGGGGAAGCUGAAGAGAAAGAAAAAGACAGCGCGCAGGGCACGAUGGGAAGGGGAAUGAAAGAAGAGAGGCUCCCGCCUUUUUCCUCUUCCCAUCGUCCUCGGCGCGCUUUCUAUUUUUUCGAUUAUUGCUAUUUUUAUAGGGAUACCCAACGGGAGCCUCUGCGGAGGAGAGAGUCCUAGUUCAGUUUGCUCUAAUCUUUCAAGAAAGGAGGGGAAAAGGAGGUGGUUUGUUAAGGUUUCGUCCUUAGUACGGUGGUGAUACAAGUAAAAGUGCGGAUUUAGAUAUUUGCUAAAAAAAAUGUGUUCGUCAUAAAAAUCUGAAAAAUGAAAAAUGUUAUCAUGGUCUAAAUAAUAUUGGCCUAGUGUCGAUACAGUAGAACCUCAAUGCCCCGCUAACUCGAACUAUAAUUCCUUUCCCUUGAUCAAAAUUUCACUGAAAUUUACCCCCGAUGAUCCUAAUUCCCCGCCAACUCGAACUGUUUUUCGUUUCCACCUUCAGAGUUCGAGUUACCUGGGUUCUGCUGUAUCUGUAAUGGUCUAUCGCUAGCCUCGCGCGCUCGUUCUUUCUUGCGCUCACUACUUUGUUCUAAGCUAGUCUCCCUAGUUUAAAAAUCUUAGAACAAGGGGUACCUUCCGACAAGUGCCAACGAGGCGAAUUCGUUUGUCUUUUGAGGAAUGUGCCUAUCCAGAUCUUCGCGAUUUGUUAGAGGAUUUUGGAGGUUUACAAUGGAUUUCGCUAUAGAAAAGGAUGGCACUCAACUUUAGAAAAAAACUUUGGUACAUUCUAGGCUUUCACCUCCAUUAAAAAAUAACAACAUGCCUUUUAGCUUUUUCGUCUUUAAUGGUAAAUUGGUGCCAGUUUGCACCUAUAUUUUAUUGAAUCAAAACUAUAAACGUUGGAAAGUAAAAUAUAGUUCAAGUGAAGCCUUUGACUACUAAAAUUGAAAAUGAAAAUUAAAUUCCGAGCUUUCGCCAAUCAACGGCAUCAUCAAGGAUAUGAAAAAUAUGCCGCAUGGUAAUAUACAUAUGAAAAAAUUGGAGUAAGCAAAAUGUGUGAAAAGCGCAAGAAUGGGGCGGAAUGUAUCCGGAGGUUAAAAAAAUAUUAACUUAAAUGAAAUACAAAGAUCUAAUGAGUGAGUAGCACAGGAAAAAGAGUCGCUCGACAGGAAAAUUGAUUCAUAAUGAUGGUCAUUUAAACAGAAGGUCUGCAAAUUCGUUGCAUUCCUCACGCUAGUUUAGGGCUGCAAAAGAACACGCUGGCUGACAAAAAUCUCUCCAAAGGCAAAAAUAACUUCUAUAAAACAAAAGGUCCUCAAAUGCGUUGCAUUCCUCACGGGAGGAGAGGACCGGCUCAAUGUAAAUCGAGUUGGGAGGGACACGCUGGUUCUAAUAUACUUUUAAGAAACGGUCCAGAUAGGAACGAUAGCAACAACGCCAACGAACAUGUUGGAAUGCGAAAAAUGUACUAACUUUUCUAUUGUCUGUACUUACUUCUGAUUGGCUUAGACAGCAAAAGUUAACAAAACUUCAUAAAGCGGUACAUAUAUUCAUCCUUAUUUUCCAGCCAUCUUCCAUAUAACAAAAUCUGGUCUCAGUUUGAAUAACAAAGAAAUCCUAUGUGGGGAACAUGUAAAACUGUAAACUUUUCUUGGCUAUUGUUUUCAACUGUUGUGAUUGGUCAAAAUCUUUUAACACAAAAAACACCCUUUCAAAGUGGAGUGUAAAUGCAUUUUAUUGCCUAAACGGCCUUCACGUGCACGUAGGUUUAUGCAUUCUCUGUGUAAAACUGAGAACAUUCCUAUGUGGGGAAAGCACCGUUGCCGCAUGACAAAAGAAAUUGCUCUCCACCUUACCCGGAUCAUUACUUAAUUUUGAGAAUACGACCCUAGAUAUUGCUCGACUAACUACCGCAUAGAAUUCAACUUACAAAUUUAAGGAUAAUACUGAGAACCCUGUCUCUGAGUCGAGAAGCGAACAUGUACCUCAACUAGGAGAAAUCGAGCUGCGAAGAACAAGCUGGAUUUGACAAAAAUUGGAACGUAAAAGCCUAUCCCGCCUUGAUAGCUGCUGCUUUAAACGGAAUUUAUAAAGCAAACCCGAGCACUAAUAGCCCUUUCAAACUAGAAAUCCAUUUAAAGCUUGCUCACCUGUUAAAGCCUCUUGAACAGAAGACGAACAGCUGCACACGGGACCCAAUUUCGAACCACGAGUUGUAAAUACAAGAUCAUGACCUCAAUGCCCAAAUAUGGAGUCUUAUGGUCAAAAAUGUAAAUUUUAGAGGGCUACGGAGACUUUGAGAGUUUUGCCUACAUUACGCGGGAUUAUGAAUCUGCCGUCGAGGCAACCUCGCUUCUUAGCUCGGUUGCCUCGUUGGCAAUAACUAAUUAAUUGCCUCUCUGCUUGGAAUAUUGCGGCCUCCUCUGAACUAAAAUCAAAGCCCUUGAACCCACAAAAUAAAGAAAAAACUACUAAAAAGAGGUCCCUUUGAAACUAGGAUUGAAUAGUUUGUCGUAAUCUUCAGUUCCAAAGAAAAACAUAAGUUCAUUGUAAUGGAAACUUUGCAAAGUUGUUUCGCUAAUGCCAAACCGUUAUGCUGCACCGCAGUUCUAACUUGUAAUUUGUGUCUGUGAAUAUUACUAAUAGAUAUUUAAUAUUAGUCAUACUUUUAAGCUGCAUUUUUUGUAACGUUUGUCUGCACGUGUGUCAUCACGACCUUGCAAACACACUUAAGCAAAAGACACGUUUCGCCUCAGAUCCCAGGCCCACCUUGGCCACUAAGAAUCGCUUAGAGAUUUAUAUGGAGACGCCAUGCCGGUGCUCACCUGAACGACCUCCAACAUGGCGGACGGAAACCAACAGAAACAUCUGUUACCGAGUUUAAGCAUGAAUUUAUUUUACGAGUAACUCAUAAACGGCAUUAAAGUAUUACUUUUUCUAAUACUUGAACUAUUUAGAUAGCAAAAUUAAGUCUUUUUUUUUAAGCUACAUGACACCGGGGGGCACUUGGGUAUUUUUUGGGUGGGUAGGUGCCGUCCGGGACUCCAAAUUGGCACCCCGUUCUAAAAAAAAUUGAUACCUCGUUCUAGAAUUCGCCCUAAAACUGAUACCCCGUUCUAGAAAUGGGCCAAUUUUUUAUACUCCGUUCUAGGGUGCCAAGAGUACAACAGUUUGCUUGUUAACGCAUUGAACCGUAUUUUUAAAAGCAAUCUGUCCUUGAAUAAUUUCAAAUGGCUGCUUACAAAACUGGAGCUUUCGUGCGUUGGAAAUAUUAUACCCCGUUCUAGAAAACGCCUCUGAAAAGGAUACCCCGUUCUAAAUCAGGAGCUUCAAAAUCACGACCCCGUUGGGCGACACAUACCCGUAUAGGUAAUGUAUGGGAGUACCCCCCCCCCCGGGACAUGACAGCUCUGUUGGCCGUUAUGUAAACGCUGCGUCACGAAAAAGCUUAGAAAUUCAAGCGUACUCUAUUCUACCCCGCUCGACCAAAGGCCUGUUCACAGGCUACAAAACCAAGAACCCUUUUGAAGCGAAAAUUUGAAUGAAAAUUAGUUUUCAGCUGCUCUAAUGCAUCGUGAAAGUGAAAUCUCGGUAGGAUCGAUAGGUUUUUAGUUUGAAUUUUAGUGACGUCACGUGAAAACCAACAAUAUUUGGCUUCGGACCCGAAAAGUUAAGGAGCCGCUGUUCCCAUUUAGGCUUCGUACUUCCUUGUCGAUCACGCUCUGAGCGCAAACUUUACUUUCUGCACAUCACAUUACAUGUACAUCCAGCAUCGGCUGGUUUUUUUUUGAGGUGUCCGCUUUAAAAUCCGCAAAAAUCCAUAUAACAAAGAACAAGUCACCACAAACUUUACGAUUUUUCCAACAAGCCUUCCACUUUCAACAUCCGGGGAAUUUUAUGUAAAACUGUCAACCUUAACCACCAUGAGCAAUACGUACAAACUUAACUUCCCGUGCGAUUUUGCUCUGUCUCAUUAUUCUUGAUUUCCAGUCCAUUGAAAAUACAACGCUAGUGAAAUAAAAUGGAAACGGAUUCAAAGAACGCAAUUCUAGUGUUCCAAAAAUACUUUUCAUAGUCUUUGAGAAGCAAAUCAUAACUGACUAGUUACAAGUGUGCUCAUUUGGAGUUUCAGCUUCCAACGGUGAGAGUCUCGUAAUCGGUCUGAACUUCAUACUUCCCCCAGUCCUCACGUCUACCACUGUGACUAGUCCUGUCCUGGAUACACUGCCUCGAUCCGUCCGACCUUCCAAUCUCGCCUUGGUGUGUUUGGCCCAAACACUAAGACAACAUCUUCUUCGAGAUUAUCUGUUGGUAGAAACCAUUUGUGACGGGAUCCAAUUCAGUGUAGGUAAAUACUCCCGCAUCAAGCGAUUCCAUACCUUGAGAAUUACCUCCAGUACUCAAUCAUUCUGCUUCCAGCUACUAAAAGAAUCCAAAAUUAUUAUUUUUAAGUUCUGAUAAGCAACAUUUUAAAGGUAAAGAUACCUUUUCAUACAGUUUUCAUCUCAACAGACGCUUUAGCAGUAAGAAUGCCAUUUCAUGCCCCUGACUGAACUAUUCAGCGAGUCAUAAGAAACAGCCAGUUUCUCUAGUAUUUAUCUGUUUUCUUGUGAGGGGUUUAUUGGAAAUUUUUACUGAAUGAGGCAGAUCCCUUAAACAUCGGUUGUUCAAAGGAAAUUUGACAAGAAAAAUGGAAACUUAUUAGAAUUAUUGCCAUUCAAUUAAAUUGUAAAACAAGCAUGCAACACAAAGUUACGUAAUGGCCUUUGAAGGGAGUAUAUUGCUUCAAGUCUACUUCCAGCAUUUCUGCUUUUGCGUAGACUACUCUCGUCACUUUUGAUAUGAAAAGCUUCUCACUGAGUUUGUUUCUGAGAAAUUAUUAAAUCAAAAGUGAUGACAGCAGUAAAGUAAGAGUUAAGUUUAUCUCAACUCGUUAGAUGGGCUCUUAACAAAGUCUUCGACCACACUGGUCUUGCGUUCAUGAAACACUUAAGUGAAAGAGGCUGAUAUCGAGUAAAUUUGCGGACGUAUUCCGGUAUUAUCUCCUAAAAUCCUAAAAAAAGGAAGUGUCAGUAGUUUAAGUUUCAUCCUUCGCACGAUCGUUUUGUAGCAGACUACAAAAAACUACCUGAUUAUUUUACUGCUGGCAUCAGACAGUGCGUCAUGAUAUCUAUGAAAAUAUCACUUUGUCGUAAUAAUUGGCCUGUAGACAUUUUUCCCAGCAAAUUGAUUCCAAUUCAUAACAACCGGCAGGAAGGCUUAUAAGGAUCAGAUCUCCCAAAUCCGAUCAACAAACAAACAUAUGUUAUGGGAAAAUGAUCUAUUUUGUUCUUGUUGUGGAUGGUAACCGAGUUGGUCGCCAUUUUGAAAGAUACAAAUUCUUUCUUUCUGUAAUUGUUUUACGCGAGAGAUUUCUUAGUUCGCAACAAACAUUUCUCUUAUUGAUUUUAGAGUUAAUAUUUUUAUUUCUACCGAGAAUAAAAAAAAUCCGCAGAGGGGAAGCUGAUAAGAACAAUCAAGAAACUGAAGACAGUGGUGACUUUGGAGUGAAUGGCCGAACAAAAACUUUGCCAGAGACUCCGUUUUUUUUCAAAAAGUCUUCUUCGUUUUAGCGACCUUUAUUUUAACCUUUCUGUGAUAAUUAAAGUGUAACUUGCACUCAUUUAUAGUCGAAGGUUUGCGGAGUAAUUUGUGGUGUGAUCGCGUGAGAGAUAAGACUGCAUUUAUUAUUGUGUGGCCAUAUCUAAAAAAGAAGUCACCGAAGAAUAUUGCUUGAAAGUUAAACAUUUGUGUCGACGUAGGGUGGGCUCUCAGGUGGUGGGCUGUCUCCGUUUGGGGCUUUCCUUUAACACGAAGUAAACCUUAAGUACUUAAUGUACUUAACGUAUCUUUCAGCUUCAUCGCAGUGGAUGGUCGGUUAGUUCGAAGUUUGUUCAUAAACGUAAAGCAAAGUUUAAGCAACAUUUUUUUAGGUAACGUCAUGAAUUUUGUCAGGGGAGAAAAAAAGGACAGGUUUUAUUAAAAAAGCAACAUCGUGAUUUUGGAGGAUAGAAGUAUUGCUUAUUCUUCUUAUAAUAAACUAUGAUUCAUUUACUAAAACAAGAUCUAAUGUGGUCAUCAAUACAACCAGAAAAGCGUAAAAUUAAUUAUAAUUAGAGCUUGCGAAACAAUCCGCCCUCAACGGAAGUAAUUUGCGAAUAUUACAUUGUCACGCGAUCCGAACGUAAUGGGCGUGACGUCAUUAGUGGACUUCGUAACAACUAAUUAAUGUGUUUCGGGUGUCACGGGAUAAGAAUAAUAAUCUUACAUCAAUUCUUAUUGAGUUGAAUUUCUGUAUAUAAAGUCUCUUGAAAUAAAAGCCUGUUUAUUGAAAGCUACUGAUAAGAAAGGCAGUUAUAUUGAAGUCCUUGGACUGUUUGAAUGCAUAUGAAGACUGUAAAUUGUGCUUUGAAAUGAGAAUAUCAACUUAACAGGUAAACUUGCAGUUAGACUUGAUGAUUUUUUUUUAACUCUUGUGUUCUAGAUCAAAAACAAUAGAAUAACGUCCAUAAUAAGAACAAUAUAAAUGAUCGUGGAAGGCAAAUUAGUACGCUGAGUCAAAACCUGAAAAAAUAAUAUUAUAAGAGUAAACAGAAUGGUGCAAAAGCACUGUUCUGACUGUCCCUGCUUUCUUUGACUGAUACGAUUUUCUGGGAACCUCUGUCACAGAAUAAAGCAUUCCUUGCUUUUUUCACCUAAGGAUUUAAUCUAACAUUUUGACCAUGAGUUAGUAUUGAAAAUGACCGUGCCACGCCACGCGGCCUUUUGGCACCCCAAAUUUGUUUAUCAGGAUCAUUUUUCACAGAGUCCACGAACUAGACAUUUAAUUUUUCAUUGCCCAUUAUGUUACUGAGUACUAAUUUUUAAUCAACGCGUGCUGAACUACUAGUAGAACAGUUAACAAAAACUUAGUGAAGCAGUGCUGUAAGUAAUGACGUCUGAAAUUAUCGUUUUCUUGGUUGACUAUUGUUAUGCAUGCAGUUGUUAAUGUGUAAGAACGUUUUUUUAGUAGUUAUCUUUAACAAGGAUAUACUAUUACUGACUCAAGUCCACAAAUGGUUACUGACAAUACUGCCGGAGUAAGUGAAUUGAAGUAGUAAGUAUACUGUUAAUUGAAAGUCACUCUAAUUUGGUUUUGAUGCUGCGGUAUUCAUUUUAUAAACUGGAAUUAGUCCCUGGUAAGGAAAAAGAAAGGCUAGUUCUUAAAAGAGCUUCGUCGCUGUCUACAUCGGUUAAAUACUAUUAAAAACGAAAUAUUAGUUUUUCUUUUGCAGUUAAUGUUAACCUGGGUCAUUCUAUUCCAUCAGAAACAUAAACUCGUAUGCCGGUUUCAGCUUCGUCUAGGCACCAGCCGCACACUAAUUUAUAAAUAUAUAUUGUAUCUUUUACUUGAUGUAUCAUGUUAUUUAUCCUGAAUAGUAAGUUCAAUAAAGUUGAAGUUAAAUUUACGUCGUUGUUAUUUAUCUGCAUUACACCAAAUUUAUAUCAAAUUUACGUUCAAUGCAACAAAAAUAAUGACUCAAAAUAAUGACUCAAAAUUUCGUCACAGAGUUUCAUCAAAGAUUGAACGAUAUAUUCACACUUUAGAAUUAGUUACAGACUUAAUACUGAGCUUAAAAACCGGUGAAGACUUUUCGCUGAAAAUCACUGUAACUCAACCAUCAAAACUGUGAUGUCCUUCAGUUUCUACGUUAAAUUCUCCGCUGGUUGUGAGGAAUUUUAUACGAAUCACUUAGGGUGGAUUUCCACGGUCGCGUAAUUUUUACGUGCAUACGCGCGUAAAUGGGAUAGAGGUAAUAAUGUAUGAUAGGUCGCGCGCAAACGUGAAAGUUAAACCUCGCUCAACUUAAACGUUUACGAGCGACACUUCAUUCAUUACUUCCAUUUUAUUUACGCUCGUUCGCACGAAAAAAAUUACGCGGCAGUGGAAAUCCACCCUUAGACCAGCAGAAAAUUGAGGGUGAAAAGUAGUUGUUAAAUUAACACAUUUCGGAAAGUUUGAUAUGCUUUUUUCCCAUUUUGCGCAAAAUCUACUCUAGGUAUAUAUAUAUAUGAAUAAAAUAUUUUGUGCACCCAAAAGGUGACUGGAUAAAGCCGUUACUAUAUUCAAACUACUAUUUAAGCUUAGUUUUUAGCCUCCUCAUGACAAAGCUAAUGUCAUUUAAAGUAAAGGUGUUAAAAAAGACUUGAUUUUUUAUUUAUUUAUUUUUUCUUUUCGGAUUUUUCACCCUACCUUAAUAUUUAGAGAAUUCAAAGUAUCAAACUGCAUUGUCACGCAAACAGUAUCACAGACGUCAGAAUUGUGGGUGAGACCCAUUGACGUCACGGGCUAAUUGUUUACCGGCACUUUCAAAUUCAGCAGGUUGCUAGUUUAAAAUAUGAAUUGUUUCGCUUCAAAUAACCAAGUUUAUGUUUACUUAAAACACCAAUGGUCUGGUAUUUACCAAAGCUCGUCUUUUUGACUGCAUUCGUGCAUUGGGGUAAGCCGCCAUUAGAUGCUAUCCCUGCCAUCUUGAAUACUAUAGACAGGUACUGAACUUUCUGAAGGCUUGUUUCUGUAAAACAUAAAUAAAUAAAUUUUAUAAGAUUCAUCAAUAUUGUUACUGUAUCUCCCAAGGUAUCAGAUAUUUUUGUCUUGAAUCAGCGCAGGCCAUGUGAAAAACCCUUUGUAAGUUAACACAGUCCCUCCACCGGCUUUUAUCGUUUACACUGAGAAAAUCAUAAGAUGAGAUUAUUAUUAUAACGAUCAUCAGAAUAAGUACUAUGAUUUUGAUUAUUCUUACCUCUAUGUACAGCUUGAGGACUAAGUUUCUGGUGACGCUCACGCCUGUACUGUAAUGAUUUCCGAAGACAUCGGCAUACUCGACAAAAGAAGAACUCAGUUUAAAAUUAAAUACUUUGCUGACGUUGACAGGAUAUGAUAACUAAGCAAUGAAGAGCAAAACUUUGCGGUUAACCUCACGUGUCAAACAUCAUUUAGCUUUGGUUGUGGAUGAGUAAGAUCUUACAAAGUUUUGAAAAUAGAAAUUUUGGAGGAUAGGAACAAAAUAUUGCCACUACAGAAAUCGUGUUUUAUGCUACGAUAGAGUGUCAACUACUUCCCCAUUCGACAGUUUCGAGACAGUUUUGAUUCGCUUUACUGAUCUGCUUUUAGUAAAUUGAAUGACUGGUAUUUUUUGUCUCUCUUUUAGUGGGAUUGAAAUAUGACCGUUGUAGCUCAAUAACUGAAAUUUCUUUCAUUGCAAGCAGUUUAUGUUAUUAGAGUAUUCCAACUUGGUUUCGAUAUUUUCUUCUUGGUCCAUUCUAUGUCCAUUCAAAAUUGAUUUGAGAGCUGCUAAGAGAAGCUGAGGAAGAAACACCUUUUUUUGUGUUCCUUUUCCCUCUUAAUGAUGAGUCUUCAUGAUUUUUUCUUAUAAUCAAGUCACGUUCUGUUUGCAGUUUAAUUUCCGUUAUGAAUCAACCGUUUCCGUAACUUAAAUGAGUUUGAUAAAAACCAAAGGGAAACAAACCACAGUGCAGUGUCCGUUUGCUUGAUAGAGAUCAUUAACUCGGAAGUGACUGUGAACAAUUUCCGUUUAUUUUACUCGCAGUGUAAUAUACCACUAUUGCGAAAUACACGUUUUGGAGUGUCUCUUGUCUUGACAGGAUAAGAAGUGAAAAACUUAAAAGUAGUUACGUUACUAAGUCGAUAAGUGUCUCUUGAGGGAAAUAUCAGGGACCCGGCCAGCAUUUGCCACAUAUCGCUUCUCGGCUUGAAUUCUUCACAUUCCAAUAAACUAUAUAACUUCAUUUCUCAUCUUAGCCGUACGCUCUUGUAUGUUCAUUAACCAGUUGUCCUUUUUACAAAACUGUUUGGUCAUAAAUUCUUAAACUGACAGGAUACCUUCAGCACAAAUACUUUGGCUCUUCGGAAGACAGAAGGGCCUUCGAUUUGAAAGCGGGAUCACUAGCAAUAUAAACAGAGGUAAUAUGACUUGAUUAGGUGAAUUAAUGCACUUAUUACGACGAAAGAAGCUGAUAUUCCCUGACAUCAUCAAAUUAAAGCUCUAAACUUUUUUUAAAGUCGAACACCUCCCUCGCUUUUGCAAUGAGCCCUGUACUAUAUUAGUCCCAGCCUUCUUGCCAAGUUGAAGAGAUUUUAGAAGUUUUGGGCAAACGUCAAUUCGUACCACAUGACCAAGGUUUCCCGUUACAUUUACACAUCUACACACCAAUAGCUACAGUUUCAUGUCAGGUCUAUUCAUGAGCAUAGGCGUACGGGCCGGGGGGGCGAGGGGGGCUGCAGCCCCCCCAAAUUUUGGGCAACUCAGAUUUUUUGGGCAGCGAGAGAAAAUUUGGGCAAAGCCAGUUUUUUAAGAUGUUUCCGUGUUUUUUAAAUCAUUAUUUUGAGGAGAUAAAUAUUUUCUAUUUUAACCUGAAGUUGGCGUAAUAAUCCAGUUCUGUUACAUUUACAGGACACAGUGGUUGCCUAGCACGUAAUGAGUUUCUGGUUAUAAGGGAAGGGUAUCAUGUGCUGUUUUUUUUUUUUAUUUAUUGUUGGGCACUGUACUGCAAUGGGCAAUUUCCAGUCGUGAAUUGAUUAGAAUAAACUUCCGCCUAACUUUCUAGAAUCAUCUCCACUCGUAGAACAGUGUAUGGCAGAUAGCAUCAGCAAUCGGUCUGAAAGUGAAGAAGUGGCUGACUAAUCUCAGUUUGAAUUACUCAAAGAAUCGUAUUUUUUAAACAAAAAAAUCUAUCGAGUGGUUUAAAGAUUAUUCACUAAUUUGUUAAAGUAUAUAGACCGAAAUGUUUACAAAACCGCUAACAAGAGCGCCAUGAUACAUACUAAACACUCAAAUCCUUUUUUGACCAGAGCUAUCUCCAUGAUCUUUUACCCACGUUUUUAAAAAGAUUGAAACUACUAUGAGGUGAAAUUGCAUGUCAAAAGCGCUUCGUUUUCUACAGAUAACGGCCAAACAACAAGAUUUUCCUUUUUUACCCUAUUUCUAAAGAUAAAAACUUUAUACCAAAAUAUCUCCGCAACGCUCUUACAGAUUCCGUUUUAAUUUCACGAACAUCGCGGCGACUAUUGGAGAAAAAUGCUUCCGUGAACGAUUUUGGAAGAACAGUUCCCAGUGAGAAAUGUUGCUGCAAGUAUAAUAGGUAAUGGCAUCAUUUGGUUGCUAUGACAACUCCGAUGUUAUUUCAACCCGGAUCAUAACAAAUUUUCAUCUUUAUCUAAUACAACUGUGGUGGCAAUUUUUCCAAAUGUUUGUUUAUGGUGUCGUAGUCUAUGCUCAAAAAAACUUCACAGGUAUUGACCCUGAAAAACUGUAUCGAGCCACUUUCAUAUGCUAGUACGGCCUAUGUUGUUGCAUCUUAUGGCCCUCGUUUCUGUUCGACUGUUUUGUAAAAAUUUGGGCAACUUGCAAGAAUUUUUUGGGCAAAUGGUUUACCGCCCCCCCUGACAAAAAAUUGCCCGUACGCCUAUGUUCAUGAGACUUACUUCGUACAGUUUUGAGCUGUGUGUUUCCUUAUUUGAGAAACUGUCAGCUUUAAAUCUGACGUUUGCAGUUGCUGUAAAGUCUCCGUAUCAAAUGCAAUGGCCGAUGGAGAGUGUCUUAGUUUCGUUGAAAUAAAAUGAGUAAGUACGUCAUGGUACUGUUUGUAGUAGCUUAGAUACCUGAUUUUUUUGUGAGGCCUCUAAUGUAUCGGUCAAAUCGAAGCUUCAACAUGCCCCCCCCGGGCAUACCCCGGGCAUUUGACACCUUUGCCGUCCCGGGGAGGAGGGAAUUUGAUUAUCAGAGUCUUCCAGGGGGUGGGGAAUUUGAUCCCCAUGCUUUAGGGGUGGGGAAUUUGAACUGAACCCUCGAUUUCAUGUAAAAUCUUUGGCGUGGCGAGCUAUCAUGGGGGACGCGGUGUUAUAGGAUUUUCUUUGAAGAGAUCGUGCCUUUGUGGCCAAUUGGUUUCGAGGAAAGGGCUUAAACAAGCUUUCUGCUGUAUUUGAAGUAUUUAAAUUUUAAAAUUUUUAAUACUGGAUUCGGGCUUUGAAUGUAUGAAUGUAUUUUAUUGUUGUGUUUUAUACAAUGAAAUACAAUACCUAUACCGGCGAUUCAAUACAACAACAUAAAAUAAAAUAAAAUAAAAAGCUCAGGUCAACUACUUUGACCUACGGCAAGUAUGUUAGUUAAUAAGGUGAGCGAUGAUGCAUAUCAGUGAAAUGGUCAUGAUGUAGUAAUCUCAAUAGAUGGGGUCUUUUUUUAUAGAACGCUUUGAGCAUUCAGUGAGCUUGUAGCAGCGAUUUCCGCCGCUUUGCACGAGACUUUUGUUCUUAAUAAAUACGCUAACAAUGUUUCUCAGUUUUGUUAUAUUUGUAAAGAUUUUGUCCGACAACUGAAGGCGUUUCCGCCGUCCCUCUGACAGUUUUGUGCCUGUGAAACGUCCCCGGGGUGGGGGCAUUUGAUCACCUAGAUGGACCAUAGUGUGGGGCAUUUGAACGGCAUUUUGGCCCGGGUAGGGGGGAAUUUGAACAAUAAUUUUCAAAAAAGUCAAAUGCCCGGGGGGUUGCCCGGGGGGUUGCCCGGGGGGGCAUGUUGAAGCUUCGAUUUGACCGAUACAUAAGCAAUAUAUUUCUCUUAGAAAACCCAUGCUCACUAACUUACUGACUAAUUAAAGUUAAGCUUCAGUACCUCAGGCUUAGGGUUAUGAGUCACUUCUGUGCGUCAAUUGAUCUGUUACUUUAAAGGUUACCGACACCAGAGAUCAUGAUGUUCCAUUCUAGAAAAAGAGCCAGAUUAAGCAAUAAUAACAGGAAAAUUUUAAAAUGCUCAAGUGAUACAGAAGUAGACAGCUCAGUGUGAACUAAAGUGCGUUCGUUAUGUUGACUAUAACCACUGAUGAGCGAUAUGAAAAAAAUUAUAAAGUAAAAAUAAUUAUAAUAAUAAUAAAAAUAAAAAGAUGUAGUCAAUUAUUCAACCUAAACCAAAUCUGUCUAUGCUUCUUUUAACCUUACCUGUUUUGUCUAAUUUAUUAUAAAUCUCUAGAUCUCAUUCUUACUUAAACGACUUCGGCUAUUAUAGUAACUUUGAUCAUUAUUCACCGGCUCCAUCCAUUCCAGUUCAUUCAACACUUACCAGGCUAGGUGCCUCUGCUCCAUAAUUCUUAUAGUCUGAAGAGCAGUGCAGCUAACUACCAUGAUUAUUGGCCGAUCUAUGCUUAAAAAAUCUUUGAUGAUGUUGUUUUAGACAGGAAGAAAGUGGAAAUAAUUACUGGCAUAGAAUAA